AUGCUGGUCCGCUGCCUUCUUCCAAUGGACCUCGACAUCGGCCCUGGAACAAGAAAGUCGUCAACGCUGUGCUCCUUGCUGCUGCUCGUCAUCGCAACAUUCCUCGUGGUUGAAGUACCCGGACAGUCCAACAAUGACGGAAGCGUCGGAGUCGCCAAUCACAAAUUGAUUGGCAAGGAGGUUAGGCUCGUCGACUACACCAUCGAGGCUAACGAGGCAAACUUCAACUCCGAUGAGUACAGAAAGCGCUUCCCGAAUGCAUGUGAUGUUAAGAUCGACAGCAAAACCAUGUAUGUUGCUUUUUUCUUUGUAAAAAUUUUUAAAGGCAAAAUUAUUCCUUAUUUCAGUGAAGUUCGGUACGACUACAACAGCACGGGAUGCAAUGUGGACUUGCUCAGCAAGAACAAAGGCUACAACAAUAAGAUCAAGUUCACAGCUGGAGUGAGGAACAAAAGAAUGGGGCUCAAAUGUCUUGAUGUUGGUGGCAGUGUACAGCAUAGCUUUAACAAUAUUAUGCCGUUCGUCUACAGCCAAAACAAUGAGGUCAUCCAAGAGCUCAGCAAAGGUUCAACGAAGUUCAACGUAAAUCCCAACGGAGGAUGCAAAAGUGGAUGCGGAGGAAAGUGCUUGCAGUGGACGCCUCUCGAAAUCUCAUGGAGCAAAAAAGGUGCUGAUGUUUAUGCUUACACACGUUUAGUUGGCGAUGCUGAGCCGGGCAUAAAGCAGUCUAGAAGGCUUAUAAAAGAUGAAUAUAUACUCGUUUUCAACAUGACGUUAAAGAGCGCAAGUGAAUUCACGAUGGAGUUUGACGGACAGAAGACAUUCAAUAAUCAUGUGGAUAUUGCUUGCGUUUUAGGGGGCAAGCCCAUUGCUGAACCGAAAACAUGGACCAUCACAGACAAGGAUCUGAAAGGCGAAUAUCUCGUCUUCAGCCUGCUUCCAUUGAAUGCGUCUGUUGUAUUUGAUGGUGAAAACCUCGCGGGUAAACCACCACCCGGGCCGCAUUGUGAUCUCUUCAUCCAAUUUGACAGAACAUACUACGAACUGCUGUUUGUCCAUCCGCCAGCAACAACGACGACGACAACUACACCGACACCAAACAUCUGUCCGACUGAACCAGCGGCUACAACGUGUGCUCCUUGUCCUUUGAAUCCAGUUCAGACUCCAACUCCAGAGACUUCAACAUCUGCGGUCAAAAACAUCUCAUCACCAUCGACAAAGUAUCCAGCGGACAGCAAGUAUCCGGAGGAAUCCAAAGGAUGGCUGUUUUAUCUGAUUUUGGUUGCCGCUAUUAUUGAAGGCUUAAUCAUCAUUGGAAUCUUGGCAUGGUUCGCACGGUCCUGGAAGAAGAGAAAACACAGUUGCGAAAAAGAAUGUAUGACCUGUACCAAGUAUGAGCAGUACCUGUAUGGUGUGUACUCAGCUGAACCACAAGUUGGGGAGAAGAUCAAGACAUUUGCGGCAUGGAAAGAAGAAGUGAAAAAAAUUGGACGAUUUGGGGUCACUAUUCAAUUGCGUUCCGAUUGA